GGAAGCCUGAGAGAAAUAACUCACUGACGUAAGAAACCUUGGACAAUAACAGUGUUUCCGAGCCUUCGUUUAAAUUUCGGAGAGCGUCGCUCAGAGAACGACAAUCGGCUCUGAAUAUGGCAACGUUCUCUUUCCUUCGCAACAGAUACUGGAUUCUGAGACAUGGUAAAAGCAUUCCUAACGAAAAGGGCCUCAUCGUUGCUUCUAUGGAAAAUGGCACACUUUCAGAAUUUCGGUUAGCUUCUGAAGGAGUUACUCAAGCACAAUUGGCAGGAGAAUCAUUCCUGAAGGAACUGAAGGAAAAUAAGGUACCGCUUGAAAAUGUUAGGAUUUGCUACUCUCCAUUUUCAAGAACAAGGCAUACUGCUAAGGUUGUGGUUUCGGUAUUGAAUCUUCCAUUUGAAGGUCCUCAGUGUAAGGUGGUGGAAGAACUCCGAGAACGAUUCUUUGGUCCGUCUUUUGAACUUCAGUCACAUGAUAGAUAUCCAGAGAUAUGGGAUCUUGAUGCGAAGAAUCCAUUCAUGCAGCCGGAAGAAGGUGGAGAAAGCGUUGCAGAUGUAGUUUCCAGACUUGCAACUGCUAUAGCAACCAUGGAGGCAGAGUUUCAUGGAUGCUCUGUUUUGAUCGUCAGUCAUGGUGACCCUCUUCAAAUCCUGCAAACAGUACUCCAUUCAGCUAAUCAGCACACUGGAUCUGGUGAUGGAGACUUUAUGUCAAGAUUACAAGCAGUUAAAACUUCUUCUAUCUUGUCACAACAUCGGAAGUUUGCAUUAUCUACUGGAGAGCUCCGGCCAAUAUCAUAAUUAUUGGUUUGUUGCCUGAAAAAAACAAAGUGUUUGUGGCUUUUCAUUAAAUAAUUAACUCGAAGUUUAUUACUUAUUUAAAUUCAAGAAAAUAGAUCAAUUGUUGGUUUCAUCCACCUUGUCUGGAUGAUGACAUUAAUGUCAUUUAAUUACUGAGCCAUAUUCUGGCCGACCCCAUUAAGUUGGGAUCAGGCUGAGUUUUUUCUUGUAAUUAUGGAGUUAUAUCCUUAUCUUAUCAAAUAUAAAGUCUCCAUUACAAAUUU